AUGGGUGUCCCACCACCACAAAGAACUCGGAGCUCGGGUUUUCACUCUCUUGCUCCGCCGUCUACUGGUCAUGCCCAUGCGAACAGAAACAAAAUUGCCACCAACCGUAAUCACCUCACCGGUAAAGGAACAAGUAUCCCGGCCCUAAGCAGUCACCAAGUUUCUGUGGCAGGGUCCUUCCUCUCUAAACCCAGUCUGCCUCAAUCAAAGUCUCUUGGCGCAGAUACUCUCGGGUUUCAUAGCAACUUUGAGGCCAUUUCCAAGGGCGGAGGCGCAUUUCGACCGAUUGGAACGAACGGUCAAGCCAGUUUCAAUGUGCACCCGAUCAAUGGGACCCUCAAUGUUUCCAUUCCUAUUCAUACCUCUCCGGCUCGAGCGGGGUUUGGUCCCACGUUGUCCUUGAGCUAUGAUUCUGGAUCAGGGAAUGGAGUCUUCGGCAUGGGGUGGCAAUUGUCUGUUGACGGGGCAAGUGUGAGCAGAAAGACGGGGAAGGGGAUUCCGCGUUAUCAGGAUCAAGAUGGAAGUGGCUUUGCCAAUGAGGUAGAUGGAGAUACAGAUGGAGAUGAGUUCAUUUUUGGUGGCAGCGAUUUGGUGCCCACUCUAGACAGUGAGGGCAAUGAGAUUAGUAUUCAAAGUGUUGGCGGAUUUAGGGUUACGAGGUACCGACCGAGGCUUGAUGUUCAAUCUGUUCGGAUUGAGAAAUGGACCAGUCUUGUUGAUGAGAGCGAUGUCCAUUGGCGAAGCAUCUCAUCUGACAAUGUCGUCUCCAUUUAUGGGGAGACCGAUGAUUCGCGCGUCAUGGAUCUUGAUGCAGUUGGUAGAAGCCGACGUAUAUUUUCCUGGCUACUCACGCGCUCGUUUGAUGCGUCGGGGAAUGCGGUCAUGAACGUCUACAAGUCCGAAGACGGCGUCAAACUCUUUCCAGGCGGAGUCAAACCAAUGUGGGAGCAGCACCGCUCAAAAGAAGAAAGGUGUCGGCAGAAGUAUCUGAAGCGCAUUCUAUAUGCAAACACCGUCCCUGCACGAGAUCUAGAGACAUGGAAUUACCGCCCGGUAGAGAGUUGGAAGGAUCUAGGCUGGUUAUUUGAGGUGGUGAUGGACUAUGGCGAACAUGAUGCUUUGGUACCACGUUCGACCGAAGAUACGCCCUGGUCCGUUCGAGAAGACCCCUUCUCAACGGGGAACUCAGGAUUCGAAGUGCGCACCUAUCGGCUGUGCCGCCGUUUUCUCAUGUUCCAUCGCUUCCCCAAGGAGCCAGGGCAUCCAGGGGAGGCAUUGGUCUCCUCAACGAGACUGGGCUAUAAAGAGACCAAACAGGGGACUUUCUUGGUGUCUGCUACAGCUAUGGGACAUAUGAUUGACGAUUUACACAAGCCUAGCGGGGCUGUAGCGUCUUAUAAAACCGAGUCAUUUCCUCCAACGACCCUUACAUAUACUACAGCUCCAGACCUGCGCCAGAUCAAGGCUUUCCGGGCAAACGUCGUCAAUCUGGCAGACAUGCCACGCCCAGGCUCACUUGCGGAAUGGAUAGACCUUGAGGGCGAGGGUAUCCCCGGCCUGUUGACUCGAUCUGGCGAUGGCCAUCUUGUCUAUCAACGUAACAACGGCGACACCACGUUUGGAACCCCUGAGAUUCUCAGUCAGCAGCCCUCUCUAGCCACCGGCUUCUUUGGAGGGUUUAGUGAUCUGGAUCGUAACGGACGACUCAAUCUUGUCUGCAUCGACACAGACGGGCAGCAACAAGGCUUUUACGAGCGUGAUUGCGACUCCGAGACAUGGAGCGAGUAUUCUGAAUUCCCACAAACGCCCGUUUCCGAGCCACGAGAGGAGGUUAUCAGCAUCGACCUGACGGGUGAGGGAAUUACAGAUCUUUUGCUAGACCAGGGCGAUGCUGGGCAUGGGCUGAUUUGGCAAAAGUCACUGGGAAAGCAGGGAGUCUCUGGCCAGCGUCGCGCAGACUCUUUGCAUGGCGACUCAGAAGCCCAUGUCACCUUUGUCGCAGACAUGACAGGCGAUGGCCUUUCCGACAUUGUUCACAUUGGCUCCACAGGGAAGAUCACUUACUUUCCAAACCGAGGUUAUGGAUCCUUUGGGUCUCCUGUGGAGAUGGGCAGUCCGCCCAUCAUAGAAUCCAUGGAUCCCGCUCGUAUACGCUUCAUUGAUGUAGACGGUAGCGGGCCGACGGAUUUGAUAUAUAUUUUGCCCAUGGGUGGGAUUCACAUUUACUUCAACCAAGCGGGUAAUUCAUGGACGGCUCCUCUUCUGGUCUCGCGGUUACCACGAAUAAUUGACCCGUCUUCUGUCUUUGUCCUGGAUCUCUUGGGCCAGGGAACAGCAUGUCUCUGUUGGCAUAACGCAGCUGGACGAGAUGGUCCGGCAACGUCAGAAAUCAAGUACAUCGAUUUAAUGGGUGGAGUAAAGCCGCAUCUCCUGCAGUCAUAUGAGAAUGGUACAGGGGUCAUGACGAGCGUGGCUUAUACCCCAUCUAUCAAGCUUUAUCUGAAGGAUAGAGCUGCUGGUAGCCCAUGGACGACAAGAUUACCAUUUCCCGUCCAGUGUGUGACGCAACUGAUCACACGAGACAGUAUCACCAACAACACAAGCACAACAGAGUAUUCAUACCACAACGGUUGCUACGAUGGUGUUGAAAAGACCUUUGCUGGGUUUGAGAUGGUGGAGACCUGGGUGCGUGCUAAUAUUCCCUUGGGCGAAGAGGGGGUAUAUCAGGCUCCUACUCUGUAUACUCGCUCUUGGUUCCAUGUCGGCCUUAAGCUGCUGCCGGACCAAACAGCCUUUUGUACACCAUCGAACGUGUCAUCUAGUAUCGAAGCCCUCGAAGGAGACCAGGCCUUUACACAGGAGGCCCUCAUUGCUCUGCGCGGAAAGCUUCUGCGUGUUGAGACGUACGGAUUGGAUGGCUCCCCAAAGGAUCAUCUGCCAUAUGCUGUAGAAGAGUGCUCAUACGAUGUGAGACAGCUUCAGCACCGCUUGGAUGGCAAAACGAAGCAUCCAGUCUUCCAGGUCAUGCCUAGAGCGGCUCUGACAACCGAUUACGGUCGCUCUGUUGAAGAUGGGCGAAUGGUUCACGAGGUUGUACUGAGCACAACUUCUUGGGGAGAAGUAGCUCGUUCUCUCUCUAUCGUCUACCCUCGGCAGCCAAAGCACAUGACUGGUAUCUCAUAUUCCGAUGUCAAGAAGAGUCAGCGAGCAGGUCAGGUUUUCAUGACUGAUUAUUGCUUUACGAAUGCGAUUUUGGACGAAGUUUUUCCUGAAAAGCGCGCAUUCCGACGUCCUCUUUGCUGGCAGCAGCAGAUGUUUGAGGUUCCAGGCUUUUCAUUCCGUGAAUCCAUAUUUGACAUUGAUGUGCUGCGCAAUGCGGACUCCGAGAAGUGGUCAAAAACUCUCCUCUCCGAGUCCCGGGUCCUGUUCAAGAACUCCGCGCUGAAUGACACGCUUGACUUUGGCAAGAUCGAGACUUUUUCUGUGCUAGAGCAGUCCUUCAAUCUAGCAUUUACUCCUGAGCUCGUGACAAGCCUAGCUACUGGCCAACAGAGGAGUGGAAUCACGCCGCUAACUGCGCCUGACCUGAUGGUUGACAAAGUCUUAGCUGAGACUGGCCUCGUUCAGCUAAAAGGCGAUGGGAAUUGGUGGCUACCGUCCUCAUGUCAUUACUUUACAGACUCGGGAACACCCCAUCAAGAGCUUGCCAGCGCACGUCGUUCAUUCUAUCAGGCAACUGUGAGCAUGGACGUAUUCAAUAGCCGCUCCAAACUGAGGAUGGACAGGUACAACCUGAUGGUAGAGGAGACUCAAGAUGCGCUGGGGAAUACAAUCACUUUCACAAAUGAUUACAGAACCCUUCAGCCAUUCCGAGUCACAGACGAGAAUCAGAAUACACAAAGUGUCCUCUGUGGGCCACUGGGAGAUGUGAUCACCACCGCAGUUCUCGGCAAACUCACCGCCGCCAAUGUCUCUGAUGAAGUUGACAGCCUCGACGAUUUCGAUACAACAGUCAGUGAAACGGACAUCCAGUCUGUUUUGAGCGACCCCAACGGACCUGUCGCAUGUCGCCUACUUGGAAGCGCUGGCAGCCGUACAAUCCGUGUGCUCGAUGCCUUUGUGAAAACGCAGAAACCAAAUUUUACAAUUAACAUCACCCGAGAACGCUCAUUUCGAGUCCCAGGGACCCCAAAGCUCCAUGUAGCGGUCACCUAUCUACAGGGUGCAGGAGAGGUUUUACAAACUGCCACUUUAGAAGAAUGUGGACUUCCGAGUUCCUCUGAUACAAAAUGGCUGAUGAGUGGAUUCGAGGCCACAGCCCCGGUAAGGAUGUUUGAGCCAUUCUUUGCUUGCACUCCAGCAUUCGUACCUGUAAAUGACUGCCACAGCAACGCAAGUACGAAUUUUCAUGACGCUCGUGGUGCCUGCGUGGCCCAGCUUGCAUCAGACCAUUCCUGGACCAAGACCAUCUACACUCCAUGGAAGGUGGUCCACUGGCAUGAAGGCGAUACACUACCCCUGACUGAUCCGAAAGCGGACCCAGACGUGGGGCACUAUUUUUCUCAUAUUGCUCCUUCAAGGUAUCUACCCACAUGGUUAGAUCUACAGCAGAAGCAGGACAAUGAGACGGAGAAUCGGAGUGCAAUCGAAAUGGCAAUCACACAGUCUAGAGUAUAUAUCAGCCAGACACCAAGAACAACAUUCUUAGGUUGUCACCCGGCAGCACCACAAAUCCGCUCCAUCCAUCAAGCUGGGGAUGGAAUCAUGAUGACCGAAGCCUUUGAGUACGAUGCUGCUGGUAACCAGACGCAUUCAUGGGACAAUUUGGGCCGCUUAGUGGAAACAGCAUUGUAUGACAAACUGGGUCGACCAAUCCAGGUACGCGGCAUGGACAAGGGAGAUCAAUGGUCGAUUUCGGAUGCUGCAGGAACACCAAUCCUCUCAUGGAAUUCUCGUGGCAUCUGCUACCACUAUAAAUAUGAUGCACUGCGUCGGGAAACGGAGUGCUGGCUAACUGUGAUGCCUACUUCAUCAAUUUCAACGGAGCAGGUGAAUGGCCAACUGGUCGUUGAGACGCAGUAUGGUGAGACAAAUGAGGAUGCGAUCCAGUCCAACCUUCGAGGUCGCGUCUGGAAGGUUCGCGAUCAAGCAGGCGAGCACACGCAAUUCGCAUUCGAUGUGCGCGGGCGGUGCAUCCGCUCGGGAUUCCAGGCGGCAGUGGAGUACAAGGCGGUGAUCGGCUGGAAGAAGCAGGAGAAUACUCAACUUGACGAGAGUCGACGAUUCCAGAGUGUAGUGAAAUUUGAUGACCUGGGGCAAGCGGUCUGGGAUGUGGAUGUACAGGGAAACGAGACCCGAAGAGUUUUCUCCCGUCGAGGUCACGCAUCGAAAGUUGAGCUUCGACACGUCAGCAACCAGCCCGAUCAAUGGCAGACUUAUCUCAUGGACGCCGUUUUUGAUGCUACUGGACUUCCUCUUUCAAAGACGUACGGCAAUGGCACGCGGACGACUUAUAUCUACCAUCCUGAAUCGAGGCAUCUCUUAGGCCAGCGCACUGUGGUUCUUAAAUCACAGAGCAGUAAGCUUCAAGCCGCGCGGCAAGAUGUCAAAGAGGACCUUUCCUUCGUCUAUGACAUAGCAGGUCAUCGCGUGUUCAAGAGCAAUAAAGCGGACAAACCGGUAUUCGUCGGGAAUGCGCGCAUCGGUGCAGAUUUCACUUACAGCUACGACGGAAUGGGACAGCUUACGAGUGCAACUGGACGUGGCAGACUUCCGGCUGCUGCAACACAGGUACAGCCGCAUAGCGCUUUGAAUGGCAGCCCAGAACGAUCGGGUCCUACAGAGGGGGAUCGGCCUUAUAACUACAGAGAGUCCUACACAUAUGAUUUGGCAGGUAACAUGACGCGCAUGCGCCAUGAGGCACUUGGCGGGGCUUCUAUUUCGGGCUGGACCCGCCGCUUCUACUAUGAGGAGCCGAGUCUACUAAGCGAUGAUGUUAGAGUGAUGGGCAACAAACUGAGUCGAACAACUGUUGGGAAGAAGCAACAGCGCUACGUUAGCCAAAGUGACCCAGACGAUGAUGAAUGGGCCGAAGGACGUACGAACGACAUUGAAACUGACGGCACCAACAACAACUUAAGCAGACUCCACGAUGCUGGCAAAGUCGGUUGCAUGACUAGUUUGCCCGGAUUUGCUCUUCUGCGUUGGAACGAGGAGAAUCGUCUAGCCGCAGCUUCCACGCAGCGUGUUGGCGACGACAGUAUUCCCACAACCACCUACUAUGUCUACAGUUCCUCUGGCAAGCGUGUCCGGAAAGUGACUGAGGCCGCUGCCAGAGACACCGGAGGAAACCCAUUUCCACGCAAACAGCGAGAAACGUUUUUCUUGGGGGGUACUGAGCUAAAGAUUCUCUACUCUGGUCAGGUCUCGCAGCGCUGGGUGGCACAAGUCGAAGAUGGUUCCGGUGGGCGGAUUGCGUUCAUUGAAACAGGUGCCUCAAAGUCAAGCUCUGUGCACUUGGUUCGCUACCAGAUAGGCGAUAAUCUUGAGCUAGAUGAGCAAGGCCGCCUGAUCUCCUAUGAAGAGUAUACCCCGUUCGGCAGUCCUAUCUUUGCUACUACCGGCAGGGAGAUCCAGGCACGGCGUGAAUAUCGUUUCGCUCGUUAUCGCUGGGACCGUGAGACAGGAUUCUUUGCCUGUGGAGCGCGAUAUUACUGUCCUUGGCUCGGUCGGUGGACAGCACCAGAUCCCAUGGGCGAUGUAGAUGGGCCAAAUCUCUUUGUCUACGUCGGGAACGACCCGAUUAAUUUCCAGGAUCCCCUUGGAACGUCAAGAAGCCCUGAGCGGGAGAACAAGUAUAGCGACCCUAUCACUCUGUCCGUGACCCGGGAAUAUGACUUGCUUCACAGAAGCAAAAUUCUAACCAUUCAGGAUCUAAUACAAGUCAAUCUUUCUGAGCACAAGGUCUCACGUCCUGCCAAAGCCUAUUCCGAAAACUACAUGAAACCCACUAAACAAUUUCGUGCUCAGAAUUUGGCCCCCAAUCUUCAACCAACAAAUCCCAAUUCCAAGGUCUUUUCCCAAAAGAUUAAGGCCAUGGACAAGAAACAAACGAAGGCUCUAUCUGGGGUCAACUCCAAAAUCAAUCCUGGGAAAAUAAAUGAAGUACCCAAUAUGACAAACGAGCAGAAGUCGGGUAUGACUCUGAUCAAUAAGGAUGUGGCCUUGUCUCCCCGGUCCCGAGAAUUUAUCGAGAAGAUAUUCAGCCAGCAAUACACGAAUUUGACGAACUUGUCUCAAAAGCUGUCGAAUAACAGUUCUGGGACAGACACCAAGUCCAACUCGAUUCAUCAGGCAAACAUCGAGGAGCCCCUCAGCGAACUCAAGCAUUUACAAUUGUUCGCUAAUCUCCCGCCUGAGAAGCGUGAUUAUCAGGAUGGAAAUCGCUUUGAAUUAAUGGACAAGCUCGUAUCCGCAAUGAAGGAUUUUGCCGACAAUAACCUUGACCCCAACGCGACGGGCAAUACCCAGAUUCGAAGCGAUAUAGAAACUGUGGACACCCUACAUGGUAUCCUAUUCGAAGCCUGGGGAAUAGUAGUGAAUGGCCAGGAGAAUGAGGCAGCUGUGGAUUCAAUCACCAAAGUAGCAAUAGUGACUGAAAAGGUCGAACAGAUCAGACCGAACUUGAGGCUCGAAUUGCCGAAGAAAAAAUAA